AUAGUAGCCGCUUUUCCCGCCUAAAAUGUUUGGUGCUGCGGAAUAUAUUGCUUUAUGGUCGACACUCUCGGUUUGCUUGCGAUAUGCAAUCAGAAGUUAGUUCUUUGUCAAGUUUCAUCAUCACAAGUUCUCUAUAAUGGCACGUAUUCUUUUUGGAUUGGGUUUGCUCUAUAUUUUUGUGGUGGUAUCGAGAACCCAGGACAUCUCUGGGGCCGUGAAUUCUGCAAGUGCCACGGUGAGGGACAUCUCAUCUACAGCCUCGGACGCAGUCUCUAACACAGCCUUCAAUGCUGUGAGUGGCACAGUGGGUUUCGUCGAAGACGUUCUCAUACAGCCCAGCGACGUCAAUGAGGCGGUGGGAGGUCUACUGACUACUACCAAUAAGACCACCACUGAUCUCGGAACUGCUGUUCAGAGAUUGGGCAACGACCUUACCAGUGGACUUAUGUCCAUCUUUGCGAAACUGACCCAAAGUGGUUAAACGCAGGGAGUAAUCUUGUGAAGCUCACUAACAGUUAUAUUUAGUUAUAUUUAAUUGUGUGCGUACAGUAAUUUGAAAUGUUUUUAUAAUAUGAUAUGUUUGUUAUUUGUCCUAAUAAAUGAUAAGGUUUCUCUAAUUCCUUAUUUAAACAGAACUCAAAUUUUUUAUAGUGUCACUCAGGUAGGUGGGACGUGUUUUUUCUGUAUAUAUUUUGUAUAUUGAGAGCGAAUUGAACUAUAAGCUUUUAAUUAAUACACCAUAAAACUUAACUUUUUAUGUAAGAUAGAUUCACCGAGUGUUUUAGAAAUCUUUUAAUAAGGAGGAUAUAUCAAGAAUUAUUGAGCCAGAGACUUGAUGUUUUACAUUCAGCUUAAUUAUUACGUAGGCAAGGUCGAGUUUUUAAUGUCCAUAUUUCUGUACUAAAUUAAGCCUGUUACGCUUCAUGUGGUCUGGCGUACUACUAUGCUUUUACUAAUUUAUUACAAAAUUACGAAGCUUUUUCACCAACAUAUUUUACCUUAGUUCUUGAAAGUCAUCAUUUUAUUGAAAAAAAAACGAUCUGUAACAGUAUCUGGAAGAUGACAUAGCUAAGAAGUCUUACAAAUACAUUUGUUAAGGUAUGUUUUGAUUACGAAAGUGCUGUUCAUAUUUGUUAUAAAAUGUAUUUAAAUGCGGAUUUCGUGUAACAACACAUUAUGAAAAUCCAAGAAUUGAAUUAAUUGUAGUUGGAUAAAAUAUUUUCCUGGAGAUAUUAAUACAUUCUACAUACUGGCAUCCCAUAAAUGGGCGAGUUUUAAAGUAUAAUUUGAAGUAGAAUCUAUCUAGGACAAAAAAAGGUAGACUCAUCUCAAUAAAUUUUACACCAAGAGAAAUUUAACUACAUGUUUACAAUUGUUCCUAACCGAGCAUAAACAUGAUUAACUUAACUACUACCUUAGCCAAGGAGUCACACUUUCUUCUCACCAAAACUACACAAUUAAUAUUUGAAGAUUUGGUAAAUGCAACGAACAUUUAUGGAAAUAAAUUAUUCCAAUUUGCCUAGAGAGCAAUGACCCUGUUGAAGUUAGAAUUCGUUUACUCACAGUGGGGACAUUUGGCUUAAAACUUUUUUAGUUGUUACUGUAGGUGACAUAAGUAACAACAGUAAAAAUGAUAAAUGCAGUAUUGUACUAGUUAUUGUCGAGAGGACUGGUGAAAUAGAGGAAAAGUUUGAAUGCUUAAUAUAAUGCAUUACUUUAA